GAGGGAGGCGGGACUGUCGGCCUUCGGCCCACGGCGGUCACCAUGGAAUCGGAAGGUCGUCGUCGGCCCGCGGGCGCUCCCCCCGCCCGGGGGGCCGGCCUAACCCGCGGGCUCCCCGCGACGGCCUCCGAUGCAGGAGCUGAUGGCGGCGCUUGCCCGUCGAAGACGGUCGGACUGCCACCUUCUAGCUGCGGAAGAUCGCCGCUGAGAGAGGCCGGCGCGGCGAUGAGCAGCGCGAGGCGGCCGCGCCAGGGGGCGCAGGUGCCCUGCGGCUGCCUCCCGCAAGGAGUCUGGUCGAAGGGGUCCAUGUCGGCAAGAGCGGACGCCCUGCAGCGAAACGCGGAGGGCAACGCGGAGCACUUGCGUGGGCAGCGACGUUUUCUGGAGGCGGCGUUGCAACCUCGCGGGGAGCGGCGCCAGGACGCAGCGGCGGACCCUGCCGGGGAGCCGGAGUCCAGAAGUACAAUUGGUGACCGUCUGGAACAGCUACUAUCGAGUGCGUACGCAAACGCCGAGGAGGCGAGAAGACAGAAAGCUCAUUUGAAAGAAGUUCAGGAGUUCCGCGCGAGGCAGGCCGCCGAGAAGAAGGCGGCUGUUUUUCAGCACCGGGAGCAGUCCGAAAGUUUGGUGCCGCCGCUGAACAUCUCGGCGGCCGGGCCAAAGAGCGACGAGUGUCAGGCAGAGGCGAUUGGUGCAGACAAGCGUGUCCCCAACGACUCCACGGAGCCAACAGCCAAGGACGGCGCCCUGAGCGCGCGCCUGCGGGCUAUCGAAGCGGUGUCAAUCAGGAACGCGAAGGACCUGGAGGCGCACCGAGCCUUCCUGGACGAGGCGUGGGCGAUGCGGCGGAAGCAGCAAGAGGAGAUGGUGUGA